AUGAUUCGUUUGAUCAAGUACUCGUCGAUGUGCGAGGAAAUGCGACAAUUCUUCGGCAUCGCUGCGUCAACUGCUACUCUCCUGUCCGGUGUCGACACCAAACCUGAUUCUCUCCUACUGCACUUCAGUUCACAAGAGCUAUUCAUUAUCGUCUCACAGAUACGUUCAUUCGUAGUCAGUGCCCUUGGUUUUAGAAAGAAGUUUCUCUCAGUAUUCGCUUCUUUUGUGGACGUAACGAUGACGUUCAUCCAAGGUCUAGACGUAUUUCUUUGUGGUCUCUACGAAGCAUGUGACUUGAUCGAGGCUGUCGAACGAAGACGGCAACUUCAGAUGCGCAACGCGUUCCCGACUAUGUUCAAUGUAAUGGUGAAAUCAUCACUGGAAGGUCUACAGAGCGUUGAGCUCUUAUCGUGGUGCUGUCGGGAGGUAUCGCCAAUGCCUCUACCUCUGAAGGCUGCCAUCGUCAAACGCCAGCUGACCUCUGGUGAUGAUCCUAAAUGCAAUCUGCGAGAGCAGGAGCGAGAGAUCCUAUCUGACGUGGCUUUGGGAUUACUGCUGGAGGCUAAUCAGCAGAAGUCUGUUUCUUCCACAGCCACGAGGUCGGCAAAAGAUCCCAUCUAUGUUCUCGCCCUUCUAUGGCUCCGGCAAGUUCUCGUUGGUGUACGGCAGUUUGAUCCAGCUCUGCACUCUUCCACUAUUGAUUCUGAUCUCUUUUUAUUGGAAGACAUUUCAAGCAAAAUCGUCGCAGAGUCUGAUAGCGUGCUAGAUGUAUAUCGAUCUUCUUCAUGUGCUCAAUUCCGUCGUGCUGCAGAGAUCCUUAAACCUCUCGAAGAAAGAACACGAAUCAUACUGGAACGAUUUCCUGAGGUAACCAUUUACCUGAUUUGA